CCAUAUAAUAUGGCCAACCUGAACCCUAGCAAAGCAUAUAGCAAACCUAAGAGAGCCUUGGAAGCCAAGGUAAUCAAACAAUGGAACCUCAAAA